GGGCAGGGCGUGGUGGGAAGCUCAGCUUGUGGUCGCGGCUGCUGCUCCCCGGCGGGAUUGCCCUAAAUCGCCCCACAGCUACUUCGCCAUGGCGGGUCCUGGCCCGGGUGCGGCGCUGGAGUCCCCGCGGCAACUGCUGGGCCGCGUGCGCUUCCUGGCGGAGGCAGCACGGAGUCUCCGCUCCGGGCGGCCGCUGCCCGCAGCGCUAGCUUUCGUGCCGCGUGAGGUGCUCUACAAGCUUUACAAGGACCCAGCGGGACCGUCGCGCGUGCUGCUGCCGGUGUGGGAGGCAGAGGGCCUGGGACUGCGUGUGGGUGCCGCUGGCCCGGCCCCGGGUACCGGCUCCGGGCCCCUACGCGCCGCCCGUGACAGCAUCGAGCUCCGGCGCGGCGCUUGCGUGCGCACUACCGGCGAGGAGCUGUGCAACGGCCAUGGGCUCUGGGUGAAGCUGACCAAGGAGCAGCUGGCAGAACACCUGGGUGACUGCGGGCUAGAUGAAGGCUGGCUUCUGGUGUGCCGCCCAGCGGAGGGUGGGGCUCGCCUCGUACCCAUCGACACCCCUGACCACCUCCAGCGGCAGCAGCAGCUCUUUGGCGUGGACUACCGACCGGUGCUCAGAUGGGAACAGGUGGUGGACCUGACAUAUUCUCACCGCCUGGGAUCCAGGCCUCAGCCAGCGGAGGCAUACACAGAAGCUGUACAAAGGCUACUCUAUGUGCCCCCAACAUGGACCUACGAGUGCGACGAGGACCUGAUCCACUUCUUGUAUGACCACCUGGGCAAGGAGGAUGAGAAUCUGGGUAGUGUGAAGCAGUAUGUGGACAGCAUAGACGUUUCUUCCUACACGGAGGAGUUCAAUGUGUCCUGCCUGACAGACAGCAAUGCAGAUACCUACUGGGAGAGUGAUGGGUCUCAGUGCCAGCACUGGGUACGGCUUACCAUGAAGAAGGGUACCAUUGUCAAGAAGCUGUUACUCACAGUGGAUACCACGGAUGACAACUUUAUGCCUAAGCGAGUAGUGGUCUAUGGGGGCGAAGGGGACAACCUUAAGAAGCUGAGUGACGUGAGCAUUGACGAGACUCUGAUCGGGGAUGUCUGUGUCUUGGAGGACAUGACAGUUCACCUCCCAAUCAUCGAGAUCCGAAUUGUGGAGUGCAGAGAUGACGGAAUUGAUGUUCGUCUUCGAGGGGUCAAGAUCAAGUCAUCAAGACAGCGGGAACUAGGGUUAAAUGCAGACCUGUUCCAGCCGGCCAGUCUGGUGCGAUAUCCACGCUUGGAAGGCACUGACCCAGAAGUACUAUACCGCAGAGCUGUCCUCCUGCAGAGAUUCAUCAAGAUCCUAGACAGUGUCCUGCACCACCUGGUACCUGCAUGGGACCACACUCUGGGCACCUUCAGUGAGAUUAAGCAAGUGAAACAGUUCCUACUGCUAUCACGCCAGCGGCCCAGCCUGGUGUCCCAGUGUCUGCGUGACUCAGAGAGCAGUAAACCUAGCUUCAUGCCUCGCCUGUACAUCAACCGACGCCUCGCCAUGGAACAUCGUGCCUGCCCCUCUCGGGACCCUGUCUGCAAGAAUGCAGUAUUCACCCAGGUUUAUGAAGGUCUCAAGCCUUCUGACAAGUAUGAAAAGCCCCUGGACUACAGGUGGCCCAUGCGCUAUGACCAGUGGUGGGAAUGUAAAUUCAUUGCAGAAGGCAUCAUUGACCAAGGGGGUGGUUUCCGGGACAGCCUGGCAGACAUGUCAGAAGAGCUGUGCCCUAGCUCAGCCGACACCCCUGUGCCUCUGCCCUUCUUUGUGCGCACAGCCAACCAGGGCAACGGCACAGGUGAGGCCCGGGACGUGUAUGUACCUAAUCCCUCCUGCCGAGACUUUGCCAAGUAUGAGUGGAUUGGACAGCUGAUGGGGGCUGCCCUUCGGGGUAAGGAGUUCCUGGUUCUGGCUCUGCCUGGAUUCGUGUGGAAGCAGCUCUCUGGUGAGGAGGUGAGCUGGAGCAAAGAUUUCCCAGCUGUGGACUCUGUGCUGGUAAAGCUCCUGGAAGUGAUGGAAGGAAUGGACAAGGACACAUUCGAGUUCAAGUUUGGGAAGGAGCUGACAUUCACCACUGUACUGAGUGACCAGAAAGUGGUGGAGCUGAUUCCUGGGGGCACGGGCAUCGUAGUGGGAUAUGAGGACCGUUCUCGUUUCAUCCAACUAGUGCAGAAGGCACGGCUAGAAGAGAGCAAGGAGCAGGUGGCAGCCAUGCAGGCAGGUCUGCUGAAAGUAGUGCCUCAGGCUGUGCUGGACUUGCUGACCUGGCAAGAGUUAGAGAAGAAGGUGUGUGGGGACCCAGAGGUCACUGUGGAUGCUCUGCGCAAGCUCACUCGGUUUGAGGACUUCGAGCCAUCUGAUACACGGGUGCAGUAUUUCUGGGAGGCACUGAACAAUUUCACCAAUGAGGACCGAAGCCGCUUCCUUCGCUUUGUGACAGGCCGCAGUCGCCUACCAGCACGGAUCUAUAUCUAUCCAGACAAGCUGGGUUACGAGACCACAGAUGCACUGCCUGAGUCUUCUACCUGCUCCAGCACCCUCUUCCUUCCACACUAUGCCAGUGCCAAAGUCUGUGAGGAGAAGCUGCGCUAUGCUGCCUACAAUUGUGUUGCCAUUGACACUGACAUGAGUCCCUGGGAGGAGUGAGGGAAUGCCCAUGCCCUCACCCAGAUGAACACGCCUGCCUUCCCUGCCCAGUUUGGGUCUGUGUUCCUGAACAGAGCUAACAUAUUCAGAAAACCACAGCUGCAGCACGCCCUGCUCUUAUGUGACGUUGGAGUGGGGGCAGUGAGUUGACGCCAGUUGUGAGACCCACAGACUCACAAGCCCUACUCGUGCUGGGACUUGGUUCCCAAGGUAUUUAGCCUCUGUGAGAGGGAAUCUUUCAUGAACCCAGCACAAGCUGCCAGGCCUGAGCUACUUGAAGGGGGCCAUCCAGCUCCCCACCCCAUGGACUUUUGACUGCAUUUUCAGUUCCACCUGUUUUCUCCUUCAGCUAUGGCUCAAAGUUAUAAAAACAUUGGAGGAUGGUAUACAACCCUCCUCAAGCAAGGAGGAUGGAUGAGAAGUAAUGGUCAUCUUCCUUGGUCACCUAUCCCAAAAUGAAGCAACAGUACCCGCUCUCCUCUUCUUCUUCCAUACCAGAGGUGUGAGCUUUGUCCUUCCUCCAACUCAAUUUCAACUGACAAAGUGCCACCCCCUCCCCCUUAGACCCUACGUCUACUCAACAUGAAAUCUUUACCACCACUCUAUAUUAUCACUUCUGCAUUGCCUCCUGCCAGACAACCCAUCUACAGUUUCACCCCCAAGAUUUUGCACAGGUUAAGGACAGUUAUGUCCUCUCCACAAUCUUCAGUAGUUUCCCUUUACCCUACUGUAAAAUAAAACCUAGACUUUAAACUUGCUACUAGGAUUACCCCAGCCCUCCCUCCCUUGAGGGCCUCUGUGACACUCCUUCAAAAGAAGGUCUUGCACAUGGGAAAAGUGAAUAAAUGG